AUGAAGAGAACAAAGCAAGUAUUCCAUCGCGAGGGAGAUGAAGUCCCUAAAUUCGUUUCUGGUCUUCGUCAAUUCGACGGAGAAGACAUUCAUUACGCUGAGAGAAUGAAGGAAAACGCUGACCGUUAGAGAUAAUUUAUUGAGGAGCAGAAAAGAGAAAAGGGCUAUCUCACUCAUAUGGAAAAAGAAGAGGAUAGAGGUUAUGCUGAGCAGACAGAUAAUUUAAACAGAAUGAGAGGAAUGCUUGAAGAUGAGAUGUCCUCCAAAAGAGCUCAGAUGAUGAAGGACCUUUAAGAGGAGAACAAGAGACUAGCUAGAGAGAAGAGAGACAGAGAAAAUCAAUGGAGAAAUGAUUAGGAGAGAAAGAACCAGUUUGAAAUCGCUAAUGCCAACAACAGUGAUCUUAUGACUGAGAACCCAGCCACUACUACCAGUCAACAUGCACAGCACAGAUACGUUCCAUAUCACUUCAAGGGUCUAACACCAGAGCAAAAAGCUCAAAUUGAUUAUGAGAGACAAUAAUAAAUAGUAGAGAAGAAAUAAAUUUAGUCUCAGCAGUAGGAGGAAGAUAAGAUGUGGGCUUUGCAGUAGGAGGCAAAUCGCCAGUUAAUGUUGCAAAAUGAGUUAGAGCUAUGGUAAAAACAAUAAUCUAUGGUUGCAGGACUUAAAACUCAAGCCAAAUCAGAUAAACAUUCAAAGGACCAAAAGUGGACUAACCACUACGGAGAGCAAAUUCCCCUUCCUAGUCUUCAUUGA